AUGAACACAAGCAGCCAGAUCCGUCUGCUCCUCUGGAAGAACUGGACCCUCCGCAAGAGACAAAAGAUUCGCUUCCUGGUUGAGAUUCUGUGGCCUGUCAUUUUAUUCAGUGGACUUGUGUGGCUACGAGGAGCCAAUCCCUUGUAUCGCCAACAUGAAUGUCAUUUUCCGAGCAAGGCUAUGCCCUCUACAGGAAUCCUGCCUUGGAUCCAAGGGAUUUUCUGCAAUGCUAACAACCCUUGUUUUCGUCACCAAACUCGAGGAGAGUCCGCUGGGGUUGUUUCCAACUACCAUAACUCUAUACUGGCACGCUUCUACGCAGACUCUCAGGAGCUCCUGUUUAAUGACACAGAGUUCCAUCAGCUAGGUCGUCUAUGGCAGGAAGUCUCCGUCAUGAGCAAUUUCAUGGAGACACUGCGCACAAAUCCUGAACUGGUGGCAGGUAAAGGGCUAAAGGUUGAGCACAUCCUCAAGGACGAUGAGCUACUGACAUCAUUCCUGCUGAGGGACGCUGGACUUUCACAGGCUGUUGUAGAUGAUCUCACAAAUGCAGAAGUGCGGACGGAGCAAUUUGCAUAUGGAGUCCCAGAUCUGACUCUGAAGGAGAUCGCCUGCAGUCAGGCUCUUCUAGAGCGAUUCAUCAUCUUCCCCAGCCGCAGAGGGCUGUAUGGGGUCCGGAAUGCCAUGUGUGCUCUUUCCCAGCAGAGGCUGCAGGACAUCGAGGACGUGCUUUACGCCAACAUAGACUUCUUUAAGCUCUUUAAGCUGUUGCCCAUGGUGCUGGAUAGACACUCGGCUGGGAUAGACCUGCACUUCUGGGGUCGAGUUCUUUCAGCAGUUUCUGAAAAGCUUCUGGAGCUUGCAGAGAGGCAGAGCUCCAAAGACUUGAUGAAGGCGAUGUCCUCCAUCCUCCAGCCAGGAGGCCCCUCUUCCUUCAGCCAGUUGAUGUCCACUGUGUCAGAUCUGUUCUGCGGUUACCCUGAGGGUGAAGGGACGCGGGUCUUCUCUUUUAACUGGUAUGAGGACAACAACUACAAAGCUUUCCUAGGCAUAAACAGCUCCAGAGGACACGAAAGCUACAAAUAUGACAAGACUGCAACCCCAUUCUGUAAUGCACUGAUGCAGAGCCUGGAGUCAAACCCAGUUACGAAGAUCGUGUGGAAUACAGUGAAACCUCUCCUGAUGGGAAAGAUCUUAUUCACGCCAGAUUCCCCUUCUGUCAGAAAAAUAUUAAAGAGUGCCAACACUACAUUUGAGGAGCUGGAAAGAUUGCAGAAGAUGGGGAGGGCCUGGGAAGAAGUAGGACCCCAGCUCUGGGAUUUCUUUCAGAACAGCAUCCAGAUGAACAUGAUACGGGACACACUCAAAAACCCCACAGUGAUGGACUUCCUGGACAGUCGUCUUAAAGACACAGAAUUCACGACAAAGGACAUCCUUUAUUUCCUCCACAAUGAGCCAACGGAGCAUGGAUAUAUAAACAUGAAUAACUUUGACUGGAGAGAUGUCUUCAGGUUUAUUGACGAAACCAUUCGAACUAUCAACCAGUACAGUGAGUGUAUAAGCCUGGAUAAGUUUGUGGGUCACAUGGAUGAAAACCUGAUGACCCAUCAAGCUCUCCAUCUGCUGGAGGAGAAUAAGUUCUGGGCAGGCCUGGUCUUCAUGGACAUGUACCCCUGGACUACAGCCCUUCCGCGCCAUGUCAAGUUCAAGAUCCGGAUGGACAUUGAUGCAGUGGAACGUACCAAUAAAAUCAAAGACAGAUACUGGGAUCCUGGUCCCAGGGCAGACCCUUUGGAGGACCUUCGCUACAUCUGGGGAGGUUUUGCCUACCUGCAGGAUAUGAUUGAACAUGGUAUCCUCAAGUUACAGACAGGUCAUGACUGGCCUAUGGGUGUUUAUGUGCAGCAGAUGCCCUACCCCUGCUAUGUAGAUGACAUGUUUAUGCUCACCUUAAACCGCUGUUUCCCAAUCUUCAUGGUGCUUGCCUGGAUCUAUUCUGUGUCUAUGGUGGUAAAGAGCAUUGUGCUGGAGAAGGAGAUGAGACUGAAGGAGACUCUUAAAGCUAUGGGCGUAUCUAAUGGAGUCAUCUGGUACACCUGGUUCAUUGACAGUUUCCUCAUGAUGGCCACCAGCACUGUUCUGCUCACAGGAAUUAUCAUGGCUGGAAAAGUGCUGAAUUACAGCAAUCCCAUCAUCCUCUACCUGUUCCUCCUCACAUUCACUGUGGCCACUGUCAUGCAAUGUUUUCUCAUGAGCGUGUUCUUCAACAAAGCCAACCUGGCUGCGGCUUGCAGUGGCAUCAUUUACUUCACUCUUUACCUUCCUCACAUUUUCUGCUUUGCCUGGCAGGACCGCAUUACCAAAAACAUGAAGUUAGCCGUGAGCUUGCUGUCUCCAGUGGCCUUUGGCUUUGGCACAGAGUAUCUGUCCCGUUAUGAGGAGCAAGGCCUGGGUCUGCAGUGGGACAAUAUUCGCACAAGCCCACUCGAGGGCGAUGAGUACUCCUUUUUUACCUCUAUACGCAUGAUGCUAUUAGAUACAGUCCUCUAUGCUGUCUUGGCCUGGUAUCUCGACAACGUUUUUCCAGGCCAGUAUGGCAUCGGUCGGCCAUUUUACUUCCCACUGCAGCCCUCGUACUGGCUAAAGCUGACACCCCAACCAUCAGAGAAGCCUGAUCCAGGGCCUGAGGAACCUCUUGUAGAUAACAUGGAGAAGCAGGAGCAAAUGGAGUAUGUUGGUAGUUCAUCUGAGCCGAGAGAAUGCAACGGAUUCAACAGUAAGCAAUGCAAGCACAGGGAGAAAAGAGAGAGGAAGGAGAAGGAGCGCGAGGAGCAGUUGAAGAUGCAGGAUGAGGGAGAGAUUGAGCAGGAGGAGACACAGCCUGUGCAGACUGGGAAUCCAUUCUUUGAGUCAGAGCCAGACGGGCUGUUAGCAGGAGUAUCAGUGCAGGACUUGGUAAAAGUGUAUUCUAGAUCUUCAAAACCUGCAGUGGAUUGUCUCAACAUGAACUUCUAUGAGAGCCAGAUUACUUCUUUCCUGGGUCACAACGGGGCAGGGAAGACCACCACCUUGUCCAUAUUGACUGGAUUGUUCCCGCCCACCUCUGGAACUGCUUACAUAUAUGGCAGAGACAUUCGCACAGAAAUGGACGCCAUAAGACAAUCGCUGGGCAUGUGCCCCCAGUACAACAUUCUCUUUAACCAUCUGACCGUAGAGGAGCAUAUUCUCUUCUACUCUAUGCUGAAGGGUCGAAGUCGCAGGGAAGCAGAACAGGAGGUCGAGGACAUGUUGGUGGAUCUGGGAUUGCCUCACAAAAGAGAUGAGGAGGCACAGAACCUUUCUGGGGGUAUGCAGAGGAAGCUGUCAGUGGCUAUGGCUUUUGUGGGAAGCUCUAAAGUCGUCAUCUUGGAUGAGCCAACUUCAGGGGUGGACCCCUAUUCUAGACGCUCGAUAUGGGACCUGCUGCUCAAGUACCGUACAGGACGCACAGUAAUACUGUCCACUCAUCACAUGGACGAGGCAGACCUGCUAAGUGACAGAAUUGCUAUCAUCUCUAAAGGUAAACUGCACUGCAGUGGCUCUCCACUCUUCCUGAAGAACUGCUUUGGAGUCGGUUUCUACCUCACACUGGUGCGUCGUAUGAAAGACAAGCGCAAGAAAGAGAAUGAGUGUGACUGUGCGUCCGAGUGUUCUUGCAGUUGCUCUACCUGCACCAAAUAUAAAGAAGAGAGUCAGACAAUUCAGCCUGAGAGAGUUAUGGACGGGAAUGUGGAUAGCAUCACUACCCUGAUUCAUCACCAUGUACCCGAGGCGAAGCUAAUAGAAACGAUUGGUCAAGAGAUGACCUACCUGCUGCCUAAUAAAGGAUUUAAACAUCGUGCUUAUGCCAGCCUGUUCCGAGAACUGGAGGAAACACUGGGUGACAUGGGCCUCAGUAGCUUUGGAAUAUCUGACACCUCACUAGAAGAGAUUUUUCUGAAGGUUACAGCAGAUGGAGAGGCAGCUAACAGCUCUGUCACACCAGAGCAAUGGAUGCUACAUCAGAGGAAAAAUGGCAAUGGUGUCUUGACGCACAGUGCAGCCACUAAUAAUGCGGAUGGCCCAGAAGAAGCGGAAGGUACGGGAAACCCUGCAGAGUCUGACAACAGUGCCGGUAAAGCAUCCAUGCAGGUUAAAGGAUUUAGCUUGGUUCUAAAGCAGUUUCACGCCCUGCUAGUCAAGAGAUUUCAACAUGCCACACGUAGCCACAAAGAUUUCCUUGCACAGAUUGUUUUGCCAGCCAGCUUUGUGCUUAUUGCUUUGAUCUUCACCAUGAUUGUUCCACCAUUUGGAGAGUAUCCAAGCCUGACCAUCUCCCCAUGGAUGUAUGGAGCACAGUUUACCUUCGUCAGUAAUGAGCAGCCAUCUCAUCCAAAGAUGAAGUACUUUAUACAGACGUUGCUGAAAGACCCUGGCAUGGGAACACGCUGUAUGGUGAAUCAGCCAUUGGAGGACCUCUUUACCUGUCUGAACACAAGCUCCGAUUGGGAAGCGCCUCCAGUAUCUCCUGAGGUCAACAACAUCUUAUUGAGUCCCGAGUGGAACAUGAGAAACCCCUCUCCAUCCUGUCAGUGUAGCACAAAGACAAAGCUCACCAUGCUGCCAGUGUGUCCGGCUGGAGCUGGUGGACUGCCACCACGCCAGAGAAAAGAGCCGACUGGAGACAUCUUGCUUGACCUGACGUAUAGAAACAUCUCUGACUACUUGGUGAAGACUUACCCCAGUCUCAUCAAGACCAGCUUGAAGAGCAAAUAUUGGGUGAAUGAACAAAGGUAUGGUGGACUCUCUGUAGGUGGGCAACUGCCGAUCCUCGAUGUGGACCCUGAGGAGAUCCAAAACGUUCUUUCGCAGCUUGGACGUAUGAUGAAUAUCUCAGGGGGUCGCAAUUCAAAGUUAGCCAUGCAAGAAAUCGGAACAUUCUUGCGCUACAUGGAGAGCGAAUACAAUGUUAAGGUGUGGUAUAACAACAAAGGUUGGCACGCCAUGGUCUCGUUCCUGAAUGUGGCAAACAAUGCUAUUCUGCGAGCGUAUUUGUCACCUCACGUCAAUCCAUCAGACUACGGCAUUACUGCCAUUAACCACCCGCUCAACCUCACGAAAGAGCAGCUCUCAGAGGUCACUGUUCUGACCACAUCAGUGGAUGCAGUGGUGGCCAUCUGCGUCAUCUUUGCCAUGUCCUUCAUUCCAGCCAGUUUUGUCCUCUACCUCAUUCAGGAACGUGUCACCAAGGCCAAACAUCUGCAGUUUGUCAGCGGAGUCAGUCCUCUGGUCUACUGGCUUGCCAACUUUUUCUGGGACAUGAUAAACUACUCUGUCAGCACAGCGUUGGUUGUUGGUAUUUUUGUGGCUUUUGACAAAAAAUGCUAUACAUCGCCCGCCAAUCUCCCAGCACUGAUAGCUUUGCUAUUUCUCUAUGGGUGGUCUGUGACGCCUAUGAUGUACCCCAUGUCUUACAUCUUCAGCAUCCCCAGCACAGCAUACGUGUCGCUCUCCUGCAUUAACCUGUUUAUCGGUAUCAACAGCAGUGCCAUCACCUUCAUCUUAGAACUCUUUGAGAACAACAGGUCUUUGCUGAUGUUUAAUGCGGUGCUGAAGAAGGUGUUGCUGGUCUUUCCUCACUUCUGUCUCGGUAGAGGUCUCAUUGAUAUGGCCAUGAAUCAGGCUGUGACUGAUGUCUACGCCCGUUUCGGGGAGGAGUUUUCUAUGGAUCCGUUCAGAUGGGACUUUGUAGGAAAGAACCUGGUCUGCAUGGCUGUGGAGGGUUUUUUGUAUUCCAUCAUUAAUCUGCUCAUCCAGUACAAAUUUUUCCUUGAUUACUGGCCGUCUGACUCUCUGAGGGCUCCUGUUAAAGAUGAAGAUGAUGAUGUAUCUCAGGAGAGAGAGCGCAUUUACAAAGGCGGAAACAAAAAUGACAUUCUUCUGAUCCGAGACUUGUCAAAAACAUACAUGAACAGAAAAAGACCAGCGGUGAACCGAAUCUGUGUGGGAGUUCCUUCUGGAGAGUGCUUUGGGCUUCUUGGUGUAAAUGGUGCAGGUAAAACCACGACCUUUAAAAUGCUGACUGGAGACACAGAUGUGACCUCAGGGGAGGCAUCGGUAGCUGGAUACAGUAUUCUCAGUAGUAUCCUGGAUGUGCAUCAGAACAUGGGUUACUGCCCUCAGUUUGAUGCCAUAGAUGAGCUGCUGACGGGGAGGGAACACCUGUACCUGUACGCUCGCCUCCGUGGGAUCCCGGAGUCUGAGAUCGACAGAGUGGCAGAGUGGGGUAUUCAAAAGCUGGGUCUGUCUGAAUACGCAGGCCAAUGUGCUGGGACCUUCAGUGGUGGAAACAAGAGAAAACUCUCUACUGCUAUAGCAAUGAUUGGCUGUCCUCCUCUAGUGCUCUUGGAUGAGCCCACUACAGGAAUGGACCCUCACUCUCGUCGGUUUCUGUGGACUGCCAUUCUGAGUAUCAUCCGUGACGGGAGAGCAGUCGUUUUAACAUCUCACAGCAUGGAAGAGUGUGAGGCUCUUUGCACUCGAUUGGCCAUCAUGGUCAACGGCACAUUUAAAUGUCUGGGCACAAUCCAGCACCUUAAAUACAAGUUUGGUGGUGGAUAUGUGGUCACCAUGAAGAUCAAGGCUGCAAAAGCAGGUGUGUCUCCUGAUCUGCUCCCUGCCGAGUCCUUCAUGGAAAGCAGCUUCCCAGGAUGUGUACAGCGGGAGAAACACUUCAACACUUUACAAUACGAAAUCGCCGCUGCCUCGCUGGCACGAGUCUUCCAGCUAGUCAUGGCCAACAAAGAGAAUCUGAAUAUUGAAGAUUAUUCUGUGUCUCAGACUACGUUAGACCAGGUGUUUGUGAACUUUGCCAAGCAACAGUCAGGCGAGGAAGAUAUUUCCCCCCCUAAGCACCGACCAACAGGGUCAAAACGCGAUAAAAAGAUCUCACCUCUAAGAAGAGUUGUGAGCCGAAACAAAUAAAACAAGACCAGACGAUGAAUAAAAGACUGAAAUAAAGUGAUGCUGACAUCAUAUUUACUGGUUUGUUUAAAAAGCUUAUGUUUUUAAAGUUGUUUACAAAGCAAAAUUCUUAAUAUGCUAAAAAGAAAUUGCUCAUUACCCCAGUGGAUUAAAUAAUAUUGCUGAAUUUAUAAAGUUCAGAUAAAUUAAUCUUUCGUUUUCUUGAAACAGCUUUUAAAAAUGUUGGACUUUAGGUGCAAUUUUGCUACUUUUCUGUAUAAAAGAUUGUAAGGACACAAAGGACUUCCAUACAGAUUUGCUUUGAGACUUCGGUAACCUAAGAAAUUUGUUUAUACUUCUGUAAAUAUCAGCAUUACCUUUUCUGUCGUAAAAAUUCUUCAUUGUAAAAAUGGAAUCAAAGUUUGUCUGCGUGCCUGAGUAUUUACAUAUUUUCCAUUGUAUGUACACUAGCUGAAACUCGCUACAUUACAAUUUCCACUUCAGUACAAACUAGAGAUGCUCCGAUAAUCGGUAUCGUUCAAUAAAACUGAUACAUGAUGAUCAGGGCCGAUGUAUCCUGUCAAUCAAAAGAGGACUGGAAAAUGCAAUGAAUUUGCGCUCUGCAUUUAAUAAAUGUUAAGAAACAUCACCAGUUCGAUGUUCAGUAUGAAUAGUCAUUGUAUAAAUUGAAAUGUAUUUAGUCUUCAGAAUUUUAUUAAUGCAAGUUAAUAUAACCCCCAAACUGUCUGCUCUAAAUAAUCGUCUAUCGGUGGAUCUCUAAUAUUAAUAUUUCUAACUCAGUGAAAUAAAGAAAUGCAUCAAAUGACUGUUUCUCAGAAAUAGUAUCUAUGCUUAUGCCAAAAUUACAUAUGUUACUUUUCGUAAAAUUAAUUUGCUGAUACACUUUUCUCCAGAAAUGUAGGGCUGCGUGUGAUUCAAGUAGUUUUUUAGUUUUUUCCUCCUGACUAUUGCCCCCUCAAUAAACCAUUGAUCUAUCACUUUCUCUGCAGACACAGUUAGUCUCUUGAAGUCAGACUUUAUGAAUAACUGAAGCAUGACAAAUAACAUAUUUUAUAAUGACAGCCUUUCAAUCAUAAAGUCACUUUCUGAGUCAUAACAUGCUGUAACACAACAAAUUAAUUUGAAUAACUAAAAACACUAUGUAAAUAAAAAUGUAUUUAAAUGCUUUUACCAUGUUUUGAAAACACUGACAUAUUCAAGAUAUAAGUAAAAAGGACAUUUUCCAUACUACAAGCACACACGUGUUAAAAAAUGUACCGUAAUACAAAAAUAAGCUUAAAUAAAACAAUAAUGUGCUGUA